AUGGACGAGGAUGGACCGCGAGCGGCCGAGGAGGAGCCGGAGCCGGGCAGAGCCAAGACUUUCAUCCGCCUUAAUGACCUGUCCGGGGCCGGGGGCCGCCCGGGGCCGGGGGACAGGGAGGCGGGCAGCGGCGACUCGGAGGCGGAGGCGCUGCCCUACCCGGCGCUGGCCCCCGUCGUCUUCUUCUACCUGAGCCAGGAGAGCCGGCCGCGGAGCUGGUGCCUCCGGCUGGUCUGUAACCCGUGGUUCGAGAGGGUGAGCAUGCUGGUGAUCCUGCUCAACUGCGUGACGCUCGGCAUGUUCCACCCCUGCGAGGACAUCGCCUGCGACUCGCCGCGCUGCAGAAUCCUCCAGAGCUUCGAUGAUUUCAUCUUUGCCUUCUUCGCCGUGGAAAUGAUCGUAAAGAUGAUUGCGCUGGGGAUUUUUGGGAAGAAAUGCUACCUGGGAGACACGUGGAAUCGCCUGGACUUCUUCAUCGUCAUUGCAGGGAUGCUGGAGUAUUCCCUGGACCUGCAGAACGUCAGCUUCUCAGCGGUCCGCACUGUCCGCGUCCUGCGGCCGCUCAGGGCCAUUAACAGGGUCCCCAGUAUGCGCAUCCUGGUGACACUUCUUUUGGACACGCUGCCCAUGCUGGGGAACGUCCUCCUCCUCUGCUUCUUUGUCUUCUUCAUCUUCGGCAUCGUGGGAGUCCAGCUGUGGGCAGGUUUGCUCAGGAACCGCUGCUUCCUCCCCGAGAACUUCAGCAUCCCCUACACGGUGGAUUUGGAGCGAUAUUACCAGACAGAGAACGAAGACGAGAACCCUUUCAUCUGCUCCCAGCCCCGGGAGAACGGGAUGCGCUACUGCCGGAGUAUCCCAACGCGGAGGGAAGAGGGUCUCGAGUGCACCCUGGAUUAUUAUUCCUACAACGACACCACCAACACGUCCUGUGUCAACUGGAACCAGUAUUACACCAACUGCUCCGCCGGGGAGCACAACCCCUUCAAGGGAGCCAUCAACUUCGAUAACAUUGGCUACGCCUGGAUUGCAAUAUUUCAGGUCAUCACACUGGAAGGCUGGGUGGACAUCAUGUACUUUGUCAUGGAUGCACACUCCUUCUACAAUUUCAUCUACUUCAUCCUCCUGAUCAUUGUGGGCUCCUUCUUCAUGAUCAACCUCUGCCUGGUGGUGAUAGCAACGCAGUUCUCUGAGACGAAGCAGCGCGAGAGCCAGCUGAUGAAGGAGCAGCGGGUACGCUACCUGUCCAACGCCAGCACCCUCGCCAGCUUUUCGGAGCCAGGCAGCUGCUACGAUGAACUCCUCAAGUACCUGGUUUACAUUGCCCGUAAAGGCAGCAAGCAGCUCGUGGAGGUCUACCGGGUGGCGGGCGUGAGGAUGGGCUUCCUCACCAGCCCCGCGAGCAAGGCGGGGGCCGACCGGCACGCCAGGAAGCGCCGGAGCAGGAAGAGGUCCUCCGUGCACCACCUCAUCCACCACCAUCACCACCACCACCACCACUAUCACCUGGGCAAUGGGAACCUGCGGGCACCCCGCGCCAGCCCGGAGAUCAGCGAUGUGGAGACCAGCUCACUCCACAACGGGACCAACCGGCUGAUGCUCCCCCCCUCGGCAUCGAAUCCCCACGGGGCUCCCAGCGCCGCUCCCAGCAACACCGAGUCCGUCCACAGCAUCUACCAUGCCGACUGCCACUUCGAGCCGGUGCACUGCCGGUCAUCCCUCCCACAGCCGGGCCUCGGCUUGCCGAGCCCAGAGGGGAUCCCCAAGAACAUCAUGGGCAGCAAGGUGUACCCCACGGUGCACCCCAGUACCUCCCACGAGAUGCUGAAAGAGAAGAACCUAGGGGAGGCGGCGGUCGGUGCCGGGAGCAGCACCUUGACAAGCCUCAACAUCCCACCCGGGCCGUACAGCACCAUGCACAAGCUGCUGGAGACGCAGAGCACGGGGUUCUUUUCAGUCCACGUUACGGAGAAAGGCGAUGGCUUUCCAGGUCCCUGCCAAAGCUCCUGCAAGAUCUCCAGCCCCUGCACCAAGCUGGACGGCGGCUCCUGCAACCCCGAGAGCUGCCCUUACUGCCUCAAGGUGCUGGCAAGCGAGGCCGAGCUGACGGACAACGAGACGGCCGACUCGGACAGCGAGGGUGUCUACGAAUUCACGCAGGAUGCCCACUACAGCGACCAGCGGGACCCGCAGCGGGGCAGAGCCCGAGCCAGGAGAGUGAGCCGGGUGCUGGCCUUCUGGCACGUGGUGUGUGAGACCUUCCAGAAGAUCGUGGACAGCAAAUAUUUUGGCCGUGGGAUCAUGGUGGCCAUUCUCAUCAACACACUCAGCAUGGGGAUCGAGUACCACGAGCAGCCAGAGGAACUUACCAACGCCCUGGAGAUCAGCAACAUAGUCUUCACAAGCCUCUUUGCCCUGGAGAUGCUGUUGAAAGUCCUUGUUUAUGGUCCUUUUGGCUACAUUAAGAAUCCAUACAACAUCUUUGAUGGGAUCAUCGUGGUGAUUAGCGUGUGGGAGAUAGUGGGCCAGCAAGGUGGGGGGCUCUCGGUCCUGCGGACCUUUCGGCUCAUGCGAGUUUUGAAGCUGGUCCGCUUCAUGCCAGCCCUCCAGCGCCAGCUUGUAGUCCUCAUGAAGACCAUGGACAACGUGGCCACAUUCUGCAUGUUGCUGAUGCUCUUCAUCUUCAUCUUUAGCAUCCUGGGGAUGCACCUCUUUGGCUGUAAGUUUGCUUCGGAGCGAGAUGGCGACACGCUGCCCGACAGGAAGAACUUUGACUCCUUGCUCUGGGCCAUCGUCACCGUUUUCCAGAUUUUGACGCAGGAAGACUGGAACAAGGUCCUCUACAAUGGCAUGGCAUCAACCUCCUCCUGGGCUGCUCUCUACUUCAUUGCUCUCAUGACGUUUGGGAAUUACGUUCUCUUUAACCUGCUGGUGGCCAUCCUGGUAGAGGGUUUCCAGACAGAGGAGAUCUCCAAGCGAGAAGACGCGAGUGGGCAGUUAAGCUGUAUUCAGCUGCCUGUCGACUCGUCGGGGAAAGGCAAACUGGGAGUGCAAGAACAGGGUGAUGCUUCCAAGUCCGAUUCCGAGGGGGAUCUCUUUCCCCGCAGCCUGGAAGAGGAGGGAGGACUUAAGAAGAUCUUGUCGAAUCCAGCCUUGAUGGCCCUGAGCGACCACCCGGAGCUGAAGAAGAGCCUGACCCCACCGCUCAUCAUACACACCGCUGCCACGCCGAUGCCCAUGCCCAAAAGCGCCAUCUUCGGAGACGCAGCGCAGGGCUACGAGUCCCGCCGGGCCAGCGGCGUCUCCAUGGACCCCGCCGCCUACGAGCUCAAGUCCCCGGUACUCGCAUCACCUCCUCCUGUGGAUGCUCAGCGUGUGUCCGUUGGGCUUGCGGGGCUGUCCGUCCAUCCAUCCGCCCCAGCUGGCGCAGCAGCAGCCUGGUGUGGGGCGGGUGGCACGGGGCUGAUGUUCUCCCUGUCCUCCCUGUCCUUCCCGCAGCCCAGCGCCCGCAGCUCCCCGCACAGCCCCUGGCGCGCCAGCAGCAGCUGGAACAGCCGCCGCUCCAGCUGGAACAGCAUCGGCCGGGCCCCCAGCCUCAAGCGUCGGGGUCAGAGCAGCGAGCGCAGAUCCCUCCUCUCCGGGGAGGGGAAGGAGAGCUCAGAGGAAGGGGAGAGCUCGGACGAGGAGCGCUCCAGCCGGGCUGGCAGCUUCAACGGCUCUUUGCCUCAUCGCAUGGAGUCACUGGAAACAAAAGGCUCCUUCGACCUCCAGGAUACCCUGCAGGUGCCUUCCCUGUACCGGACCAGCAGCAUGCACAGCAGCCGAACCUCUGCCUCCGAGCACCAGGACUGUAACGGGAAGACCUCUCCGGGUCUGCUGCUGCACCAGCUCCACCUGGAUGACCCCCAACAGGACGGUGAUGACUGCGACGAUGAAGGCAACAUGAGCAAAAGGGACCGCAUGAAGGCGUGGGUACGGGCACGUCUCCCCACCUGCUGCAAACAGAGAGACUCCUGGUCCAUCUACAUCUUCGCCCCUCACUCAAGAUUCCGUCUGAUGUGCAAUAAAAUCAUCACGCACAAGAUGUUUGAUCAUAUCGUCUUGGUGAUCAUUUUCCUGAACUGCAUUACCAUUGCCAUGGAACGACCCAAAAUCGAGCCUCACAGUGCUGAACGGAUUUUUCUAACGCUCUCCAACUACAUCUUUACGGUUAUCUUCCUGACUGAGAUGACAGUUAAGGUGGUGGCACUAGGCUUGUGUUUUGGGGACAAAGCCUACUUGAAAAGCAGCUGGAACGUGCUGGAUGGGGUGCUGGUUCUCAUCUCCGUCAUUGACAUCCUGGUCUCGAUGGUGUCAGACAGCGGCACAAAAAUCCUGGGGAUGCUACGGGUUUUGAGACUGCUGAGGACGCUGCGGCCCUUAAGAGUCAUUAGUCGAGCCCAAGGACUGAAGCUGGUGGUGGAGACUCUCAUGUCAUCCCUGAAGCCCAUUGGGAACAUCGUGGUCAUCUGCUGUGCCUUUUUCAUAAUCUUUGGGAUCCUGGGAGUUCAGCUUUUCAAAGGCAAGUUUUUUGUCUGCCAGGGGGAGGACACCAGAAACAUCACAAAUAAAUCGGAUUGUACAGAAGCAAGCUACAAAUGGGUCCGGCACAAGUAUAAUUUUGAUAAUCUCGGCCAGGCCCUGAUGUCUCUCUUUGUUCUGGCCUCCAAGGACGGGUGGGUGGAUAUCAUGUACGAUGGCUUAGAUGCGGUGGGAGUUGACCAGCAGCCAGUCAUGAACUACAACCCGUGGAUGCUCCUCUACUUCAUCUCCUUCCUGCUGAUUGUGGCCUUCUUCGUCCUCAACAUGUUCGUGGGGGUGGUGGUGGAGAAUUUCCACAAGUGUCGGCAGCACCAGGAGGAGGAAGAAGCCAAGAGGCGGGAGGAGAAGAGGCUUCGCCGGCUGGAGAAAAAGAGAAGGAGUAAGGAGAAACAGAUGGCUGAUCUAAUGCUGGAUGAUGUAUUAAUGGAGAGCUCAGCCAGUGCAGUGCAAGAAGCACAGUGUAAGCCCUACUAUUCGGAUUACUCCCGCUUCCGCCUCCUGAUCCACCAGAUGUGCACCAGCCACUACCUGGAUUUGUUCAUCACUGGAGUGAUCGGCCUCAACGUGAUCACCAUGGCCAUGGAGCACUACCAGCAGCCAAAGGUUCUUGAUGAAGCCCUGAAGAUUUGCAAUUAUAUCUUCACCGUUAUCUUUGUCCUGGAGUCUGUUUUCAAGCUUAUCGCCUUUGGGUUUCGUCGCUUCUUCCAAGACAGAUGGAACCAAUUAGAUCUGGCAAUCGUGCUGCUGUCUAUCAUGGGCAUCACUUUGGAAGAGAUCGAGGUGAACGCUUCACUACCAAUUAACCCCACUAUUAUCCGAAUCAUGAGGGUUCUCAGGAUUGCUCGAGUGUUGAAGUUGCUGAAGAUGGCUGUAGGGAUGAGAGCCCUGUUGGACACCGUGAUGCAAGCGCUGCCGCAGGUGGGGAAUCUGGGUCUUCUCUUCAUGUUGUUGUUUUUCAUAUUUGCAGCUCUUGGAGUGGAGCUGUUUGGAGACCUUGAGUGCGACGACACGCACCCCUGCGAGGGGCUGGGACGGCACGCCACCUUCAGAAACUUUGGGAUGGCCUUUCUGACUCUCUUCCGAGUAUCCACGGGAGACAACUGGAAUGGGAUAAUGAAGGACACGCUGCGGGACUGUGACCAGGAGUCCACCUGUUACAACACCGUCAUUUCACCCAUCUACUUCGUCUCCUUCGUGCUGACAGCCCAGUUUGUCCUGGUGAACGUGGUGAUCGCCGUGCUCAUGAAGCACUUGGAGGAGAGCAACAAGGAGGCUAAGGAGGAGGCAGAGCUCGAAGCAGAACUGGAGAUGGAAAUGAAGACAAUCACCCCCAGCCAACACAGCCCCUCAGACAUCUUUGCGUGGACAGGCAGCGCCGGUGGAGAGAGACCUGAGAGCCCCCGAGGAUGUGCCAAUCCCAUGCAAAUCAAGGUGGAUUCUCAGCUCUCGUUAGUUUACCCUAUGGAAAGGCACUUGUUUGAUACCAUAUCACUGCUGAUCCAGGAAUCUCUGGAAGGAGAGCUGAAGCUGAUGGACAACCUGUCAGGCUCUGUGUGCCAUCAUUAUGCCCUCCCAGCUCCCGAAUAUUACAACUCUGAGAACCAGAUCCCUCUAGCUGAGAUGGAGGCUCUGUCUCUGACGUCAGAUAUUCUCUCUGAAAAGUCCUGGUCCUUAGCUCUGACGGAUGACUCUUUUCCUGAUGAUACUAACACACACUUACUUAAUGCUCUGGAAAGCAAUGCUGAUCUCCGCUACAAAGAUGACACGCUGACUCUGUCUCCCAGCAAGGACUUGCUGAGCGUGAGAAAGCCUUCAGUGGGGCGCACCCACUCUUUGCCAAAUGACAGCUACAUGUUCCAGCCGCCGUACUCCAGCCCCUGCCCUGCCUCCCUGGGCGAGAGGAAUCCGGCACAUCACAAGUCCCAGUCAGGUUCAAAGGCAUCGGUGCAGUCACAGCCGGUGGACACCAGCUCCCUCCUGCAAAUUCCAAAAGACCAUUUUCACCACAUAAGAGCUCAUGACCAUUGGGUGAGGGAGAGCAAACCCCAGGUUUCCCAGCAGGUGCACUCUCCUUCUGCUGAAAGGCUGCUCCGCAGACAGAUGGCUAUAAGGAACGACUCUUUGGAUAGCAAGGAGAAUCUCCACACCGAGGUGAGUGAACUCUCUGACCCAAAUGUCCCCGCUGUGCCCAAGGAGGAGUCAUCAGUGGCUCUGACGCCCUCAGAAGCGAAUGAGUUGGCUGCAUGGAGCCGGGCAAGCGUUCAUACGCAGCAGCACUCCCACAAUCAGUAUAAUAUUUCAAAGCAGGCACCAGCAUCGUGUGCUUGUGCAGACUCGUAUCAGGAGACACCUGGAGAUUCAAUGGACCAAGAAGUAUCGGAAAUAAACAGCUCCUCGGAGCCUUUCACUUCAGAAACUUGUACAGCCUCGAGUGCCUGUUCAGAGGUUCAGCCUCUCACUCCUAAGAGGAACAUAGGCAAUACCGGCAACGUUACAUUGAAGGACCUGAAGAAAUACCACAGUGUAGACACCCAGGGUCUUCUAAAAAAACCGCCCUCUUGGUUAGAUGAUCAAAGGAGACAUUCAAUAGAAAUUUGUUCAAUGGAAAACAGCCCUCAGCACUAUUCCACAUCUAGCUCUUCUGGCUUCAUAAGUCAGGUGGUAAGUGAAAUGGAAGGCUUGCAAGGAACACGGCAGAAGAAAAAACUGAGCCCUCCGUGUAUAUCUAUAGAUCCACCCGAUGGACAGAGUUUGCUACCUAGAGGACCUCACAGCAUCUCACCUGCCAGUGGAGACAUUUGCUUGAGACGGCGUGCUCCAUCUUGUGAGUCCAAGGAUUCGAUGGAUAUAGGGGAUUCGUUGCUUCCAGACAGUAUGUCAACAUCUCCUACCCCAAAGAAAGACUUGUUGACACUUCCUAGCUUUUCCUUUGAUCAAACAGAAAUGGACCCCUGAGUUACUUUUCUGUUGGUGCCAAAUGUUUUCUUCCUUUCAUGUAAUAGAAAAAAAAAAUUUAAAAACUCUGUAUUCCAAAAUGGCACUGGGUAAAAAAUUUCCAAAGAAAGAUUAAAGAACCAGCUGGUUAAAAGAGUGGUUAACCUAUAUCACGCUUACUUAAGCAUACGUUCUGCUUAGGUAAAAGCAAUACAAUGUGCAGAAUCUAUAUGUAUAUUAUAUUUUAUUAAAUUAAUUG